AUGUCUCUCCUUCAAACCCUCACCGUGCUGCUGAUUCAGCUCUACACCUUCACCACAUUCGUCUCCAUCGUCUCCUUCAUGACUUCCAUCUCCACCACUACCUUCGCCAAGGUCCUCAACAUCAUCGACAUCGACAUCGACCUCACCAAGACCACCCCAAAGCUCCGGUCCCGCUUCUUCAAGACCAGCACCUUGUUCCAGGACGCUGGCAAGUCCGUUGCCAUGCCCAUGGCCGUGGUCCCAGAAGAGGGUGUCGAGGAACUGUGA